AUGGAUGCUGUACGAAGUGAAAUUGAUGACGAAGCGUUGCUACAGUGCAUUUCGAAUUUCAAGCCCUUGUACGACAAAAAAGAUAAAGGGUAUAAGUCAAAUUUACAAAAAGAAAAUUGUUGGAUAUCUAUAUGUAACACCCUAGGUUGCACAGUGAUGGAAGCAAAGGCCAGGUUUAAAAGCCUGCGAGAGAAAUAUAGGAGGGAAGUUCUCAUUAAAGAGAAACUUGAGAGAAGUGGUGCUCCUUCAAAUAGCAGACCUGUAUGGCCCCUCAUGAGCUUCUUUCAUUCCCUGUAUAAAUGUAGUGAAGAAGCAACUAAGGAGACCAUUUCGAAUAUCCCUGUCGAACACUUGGAAGUAUCAGAUGCAGAAGAAGAGCAUAUAUAUGUUCAAUUUGCUGAAGAUGCAGGUUCCUCUACUCCGUCCUGUAGCAGUACAUUCAGGAGUACUAUUCCGAAACGUAGAAAAGACCGCUCUGAUGCAAGCUCGACGGAUAGUCAAUGA